AUACAAUGCUAUAUCGCUGUAGAAUCGGUGUUGCUUAAAGGGAAAGAAAAAAUGGAGCAUCAACAAUAUAUUAGAAGUAUUGUUGAUGCGAAUAACGAAUCCAUGCUUCACAAGGCCUGUCGUUCUGGAAGUAGGGACAUGUAUGCACACCUCUGUAUCGCAUACCCAUCUCUCGUUGCUUCUACAGACAAGUCCUCUCUCCUUCAGAUAACGUGUGAAUUAAACAAGGCUGACAUUUUGAGUUUACUGCUUCCUUCCGUGACAGAUGCGAAUGAGAUUGGGCAGUGCCUGACACAGUAUCAGUUGAAUGACCGUUGUAAACAAGCUGUUGCUUUGGAGCUAAAACAGCGUUUCCUGGACAAAGUGAAAAUACAAGGUUCCUAUCGAAUUGAGCCCACUUUCAACGGUGUAGGAGAAGUGGUAUUCUUGGCAUAUGGAUUAAACGUUGUUCGUGGGAGAGUGGAACAGUUUGCGGGGAUGAACGUAUUAUACAGAAACCCAAAACAAGUAAACGAUGAAGCAAUUCGAGUGGCAAAUAGUGAGGAAAUGAGAACAAUGACCACAAAAAAUAUCAGGGGCAUUGAAUAUGCUGAGAAAGCAAUUCAGAUGCAUGGCACGCGUCUAAUGAAAUCACAUUCGAACAUCAAUGCCUUGGGAGUCUCGCCUUUGAAGUCAAAACAAGGAGGAAAAGACCUGGAGCUGGCAGAAAAUGCCCUUGUAGUUAUAUACUGCAGCUCAAAAGGAUUUAGGCCUAUAAAGGAAAACAAAUUUCCUCCUAAUCUUUUUGUUGGAUCUAUUGCCGUUUUGACAGAUGUGCGUGAAGGAUACUUUGAACUCGCACCUCGUACCUAUUCAGCAAUACCAAGCUCACAUUACCAUUCCAAACUUAAGAUGGGUUGCGAAUGUGGCGUCGAAGAUGACGGGAAGAGAAGAUGUGGAACAAUUGGUCCCUUUGUGAAAAUACACAGCAAAAAAGAUGGUGAUCUCGACGGAUUUCUGACAUGCGCCCAUGUUGCUUAUGGAUUCGAGGACGGAGAAGAUAGUUAUAGCCAUAAUGAAAUCAACACUCCAACUCAACUGCAAGUCAACCAGCCUGCUCUGGAUAACUUCUCCAUGCCCCCACCAAGCAUCCCGUAUGAUCCAAGUUGUGGUAAGACAUAUCGCGGCACAUUUGGUGUAACAACAGCGGAUGGUGUGACCGUAGAUGCCGCAGUAGUAGCCGUCCAGAAGGACAGAAUGCCGUCAGGGGGAGAGUUCGCUAUUGACAGACAAAACCAGCUCGGAGAAAUCGGUUUCAGGACAUUUCCUGUAUUUGAUUCUGCUAAACAGGCAGAGCCAACCGCGAUAAUGAAUGAAGAGAUAGUAAAGUUCGGAGCUAGAACACACGCAACAAAAGGAGUGCAUGUAACACGUGUCCACGUGAGAGAACCCCUUCCAAUGGUAAUAUCCGGACCUACUGGAUUGACAGAAAGGCGUUUUGAAAUGCGGGGACAGCUUGAGAUAAGUAGCCGUACGGCAAACGAGCGUUUUUUUGCUCAAGGUGAUUCUGGGUCAGGCGUGUUCGUCAAAAGAGGUGAUGACCUUCGGUGUUUGGGACUUGGUAUCGGCUGUUUUUCAAAUGGUUCGGCGGUUGUAACGCCAAUUAAACCGAUACUCGAAGCCCUCGAUGUCGAGCUAAUGUGCUUCACUGAGCCUAUGGAAGAGAGUCAGUAACGGAGAUCAUGAAGACUGGAGAGCAUUGGAACGGAACAGUCACUAUAUGUAGCAGUGUAUGACUAAACUCAAUCAAAUGCGAUACAUAUAUUGAUUAUUUGUGCAGUAAUAUCUUAAUGAGAGAUAUUAUAUAUUUACCAUUUGGAUGAUUUGGUUUGGUUAUUCAAGGAAAGCAUGCAUAAAAACUUGUAUUGGGCUAUAAUGUCUUUUAAAUAUGUUUAAUUUAUAAAAACAAAAAUACAUAAUAGGUAUUGAGUUGUUGUAAAUGUGUAUUUAUUAUUAAGAAACAAUAUUUUGAGACACAUUACAUCGGUGAUUUUGAAUAUUCUCUUGUGUUUUUAAUUGUCUUUUUUAUUGUUUGGGAUUAAUGUGCUUUGCAUAUCAUAGUGCGUCGUGUAUUAUUUUUAAUUACUGUACAUAGGUAUAACUAAUUCGCAAUCCGGAACUCCCUACACACAUCGAUGUAGAACAACUGGAGAGCUUGGAGAGAUGGGUAGGGGUUUUUAGCACCAUGUUUACCUGGAACAAAAUUGUUGUAUGUUACUUCAUCAAUACCAAUUUGUGUGCUGGGUUGCUUACCAAACAAGUUAUAGACUCGUGUUAGCUUAGAUAACUCGAUGUGACGCAAACAGUGAUGAAAUCAUAAAAGUUACAAAAAUGUUAACAAAGGCCUUCAUACAGAUGAAAAUUGAAUUAACAAAAUCGUUACAUACGUACCAAAACAAGUACAGUUGUUUAAAAUAUGU